UGGGGGAGUGGCAGCCUCGUGUCCGUUAGUGUGACAAUCAUGGCAGCAGCUACAAGAACAGGAGGGAGCAUGAAGGCUGCUUUGGUUUUUGGGCUAACGACAUUAGAUAUAGUAAACAUUUGUCAGACUUUCCCAGAAGAGGACGAGGAUGUUCGAGUGCUGAACCAAUAUUGGCAGAAAGGUGGAAAUGCAGCCAAUACAUCUGAGGUGCUGGCUCAGUUAGGCCUCGAGGCCCAUCUGUUCAGUGCUUUCGCUGUGGACAAUGCAAUGUCCGAUUUCGCAAAAAACUCCCUAGAUAAUAGCAAUGUGGUUACCAAGCACUGUGUCGCUCUUAAAAGUAGUGGAUUCCCAACAUCUUGUUGUAUAGUUUCAAAAUCUACAGGUUCGAGAACUAUUCUCCAUGGAAGGAAUGACAUGCCUGAGUUGACCCUCGAACACUUUAAAAUGAUUGACUUCGCAUCUGGGUACAGUUGGGUGCAUUUUGAGGGGAGGGGUUUCCCCCAUUUAAAAGACAUGGUUCACGAGGCAGUAAGAAUUAGAAAGGAUCGAGGGUUGAGUUUUAAGAUAUCAAUCGAGUUUGAAAAGCCGCAAAGACAUGAUUUUCUUAUUUCAUCUGGUAUUGCAGAAGCUGCAGAUGUUUUAUUUAUAAGCAAAGAUUUUGCAAAACGAUUAGGUUUCAGCGACGCAAAGGAUGCAAUUCUGAAUGCUAAAAAUAAACUUUCAUUGAAUCAUGAUUUGACUGUGAUUUGCCCGUGGGGUGAAAGUGGGGCAUCUGCAAUUGAUGAGUUUGGGAACACCUUUCACUCUGACUCUUUUCCUCCUGUGAAUGUCAUUGAUACACUUGGUGCAGGGGAUACAUUUAUAGCUGGAAUUAUCUUUUCCAUGUCUACAGGCAGCUCAGUAGGUGAAGCUUUAGUCUUUGGCUGUCAACUUGCUGGCAAGAAAUGUGGACAAUAUGGAUUUAAAGACCUGACCUGAUCUGGUGCACUCUCUCUGCAAGUUUGUUGCAGGCUGCUAGAUUGAGAAAACCAUAAAGACAAUUAUGAAUUUCAAAUUACGAAUUUCAAAAAUUUUCUAUCAAAAUUUUACAUGGCCAAAAAAACUGAUGAACGUCAAAUUUGACUUUGAUUAUUGUAAUCAAUGUAUUAUAUUUUGUCGAGGGAGCAAUUAGUUUGCAAUUUGAUUAAUUGUGGUACUGUGAAUGAGCAAUCAAGUAGAUUGCUAAAAACAUCAAACACCAAAAGGGCAUUUGUUUGUAUGCUGCAAAACCUUAGAGUAACCAAUGAAAUUAUGGUGAAAUUAUGUCUUUAGUGUCAGCCUCCCUUGGUAUUUUGAAAAAAAUGCCACUAAUUAUGCAAUCUGAAUUAAUGCCUAGCAUUGUAAAAGGUGGUAUUUGAAAGAGAAAGGAAUGAGAGGGGUUUUUAUGCUUUAUUGAAAUACAUAGACAUUUUGACCUUUAUAAAACCGUCUAGUUAAACACCAUGGAGUUUGAUUUAGUUGUCAUUUUAACUGAUGGUGCCAUAAUGUGUCCUACAAGGUAACAAUAGACCAGAACAGGGUUUACUUUUGGGUAGGGUAGACACCUUUUUAUUUUUGUUCUUUUGUCAUAGUAACAUUUGGAAAGGGAAAGUAGAAAAAUAUUUGCAAAAUACAUUUGAUUUAACAUGUUAAGACUGACAUUGAUGCAAUAAGGAUAUCACAAAGAGUUCAUUUUUGAGGGACUUCUUGCUGCUCAUCUCUGUAGAAAUUGAUGCUACCAGGGAAGUAAACUUAAAGCAGGUUGACUAAACAAAUUAAGAUUUUAAAAGCAAAAUGAAAUAUGAAUAUGAAACCAGUCGAACAGAUAAACCUUGAAAUUCAAAAAACCAGAAUUAAGGUGUUAGCUAGUGCUGAAUAAAGUAAGGUAUAUAUACAACUGUGGAAUAUAGGUCUUUUGGUUCUUUCUAUUUGCAACAUAUGUAACUAAUUUGUUUUAGCGGUAUUUCAUAGUGUUCAUUUACCUUCUUUUGUCAAAAAUUAGGAUUUUCAUGGUGGUGCCCUUUGGAAGGGCUUUGAGAAAAGGGUUGAUUGCCAAUUAUCUAUUAUACAUCAUCUGCAAUCAGUGGCAGUUUUAAGAGGGGGGGGGGGUUCAGGGCCCCAGGGCUUGUGCUUAUGGUAGCGAAAAGAGGCCCCACAGUCCCUAGAACCGCCACUAUCUGCAAUGUGUGUAGGUGAACUCAAAUCCUGCAGAUACCAGAAAAGUGGCUCAAUGCAUUUGAAAGUAUUGAUGUUAUUGAAUCCAGGCCACAUCUUUUAAUUGCUUUUUGGGGGUUUAAAGUUUUUGCGCAUUGACCAGGGAAGGGCUGAAUAUUUUUCUGCCACGGGCAACAGGUUUACAUACUUCCCUUUAUUUGGAAAACAUCCAAAGUGUCUAAAAAAGGGAAUAAACAAAUAUACAUCUACAAAUAAACAUCUAAUCAUUCUGAAACUGAUCUUUGUUACCAGACAUUCCAUACAACUAUGUCCAUUGAUACAGCCAAGCUUCAAUGUAAAUUGAAUGGAAUUAAAAUUAUCAUUAGCAAAAUAACAGAUAGUGAACUCAAGUUCAUUGAUUCUCUUUGGAGACUUGCAUGACAGCAAGCAUGAACAUGAUAGGCGGUCAAGGAGCCCUCCAGUCCCGUUGUUGUACCCCUAAACAGUCUUGCUGGUGGCUUUUCUGGAGCCUGGGGCAAAAAAACGAUUGAUUCUGAGACAAGGCCAUCAGAACAGUGAUUUGGAGUACCUUACAGCUCAGGUCAUGGGGUAAUCCCCCUGCACCCCUCAGCAGGCCAGCCCCUGAACAUCUCAAUGCACUUGAAAGUCCCAGACCCAACACUUUAAGAAAACAGCAAACAAGAUGAAGAAAAAUAAAUUCAAGAUGUCAAAAAAUUAUCAUAGAGAAGCGUUGGAAUUAUCGCAUGCACUGCGUUGGCAGACUGGACAUGGCUUACCUAAAUCAUGCCUAAUGAACAUGGCCUACAGGUGUGGGUAUAAAAACACUAUUUUCACAGACAUAUAUGCCGACGAAUGAAUGGAUAGUUUAUUGAUAAAACAAUCAGUUUCAUCAAUUCUUGCUUGGAAAACAAACCAGUGACGGCUUAUAAACAGGAUUAACAACAAAUUUAUAUAUAUUUAUAUAUAUAAUUCAUACGACCGAGAAAUGAACAAUAAUUAUGCAGUUAACCAUUAUACGGUAAGGAAACGCCAGCAAAUACCUCGAGACAUCAGACCACUAAAACAAAGGCCUCCAGGGAAUAUAAUUCAAAACGAAAC